ACCCCACGCGGAACCCGCGGCUCAGACCGGUUCCUGGCGUCCCGACCUGUGUCGGACCCGAGGCCGGACCUGCCGCUGCGCAGCCGACGCCAGCCCAGGGCCUGGGAGGAACGAGCGCACCCGGGCCCCUGCCGCGGGCACCAUGGGCGCUACCCACUCCGCGUCCGAGGAGGUGCGGGAGCUCGAGGGCAAGACGGGCUUCUCAUCUGACCAGAUCGAGCAGCUCCACCGGAGAUUUAAGCACCUGAGUGGAGACCAGCCCACCAUUCGCAAGGAGAACUUCAACAACAUCCCUGACCUGGAGCUCAACCCGAUCCGAUCCAAAAUCGUCCGUGCCUUCUUCGACAACAGGAACCUGCGCAAGGGGCCCAGCGGCCUGGCUGACGAGAUCAACUUCGAGGACUUUCUGACCAUCAUGUCCUACUUCCGGCCCAUCGACACCACCAUGGAUGAGGAGCAGGUGCAGCUGUGCCGGAAAGAGAAGCUAAGAUUUCUGUUCCACAUGUAUGACUCAGACAGCGACGGCCGCAUCACCCUGGAAGAGUAUCGAAAUGUGGUCGAGGAGCUGCUCUCCGGAAACCCCCACAUCGAGAAGGAGUCUGCGCGCUCCAUCGCCGACGGGGCCAUGAUGGAGGCGGCCAGCGUCUGCGUGGGGCGGAUGGUGAGAGCUGCCGGGAGCCUGAUCAGGUGUACGAGGGCAUCACUUUCGAUGACUUCCUGAAGAUCUGGCAGGGGAUAGACAUCGAGACGAAGAUGCACGUCCGCUUCCUUAACAUGGAAACCAUCGCCCUGUGCCACUGACUGCCCCUCCCCCACGGAGAGCCCGGGCAGCGAGGCCCCCGGGGGCCCUUUUGCUGCAGCUCUUGUAAACAGUCAACAUCCCUCGCUCACCUCUUUUUCCCGCAGGGUAUGGUACACGGGGCUUUGCUGUUUUUAUCUCCAAUAAAAAAGAAAAAGGGUUUGUUAAUGAA